AUGACGAGCUUCUCGAGCAUGUCCCUCUAUGCUCUGACGGUGAAGCAGCCGUCGGCUACACAAGAUGCUAUUUCUGGCGACUUCCUUGGAAAUGGCAAGCAGCAGAUCCUCACAGCGAACGGCUCACGUCUAGCUAUCCUCGAGGUCUCACGGCGACAGAAGGGCUUCCAAGAGCUCUACUCCCAGGACGUGUUUGGCAUUGUGCGUGGCAUAGCCAAGUUCCGGAUCGCGGGCGGUACCAAGGACCACAUUGUCAUAACCACCGACUCGGGACGGUUAGUCACCUACGAGUACCUUCCUGAGGAGCGCUUGUUUAAAACGGUGCACUUUGAGACUUAUGGCAAGUCUGGCAUACGCCGCGUAGUCCCUGGCGAGUAUCUGGCAGCCGACCCGAAAGGGCGCGCUAUCAUGAUAGCGUCGACGGAGAAAAACAAGCUGGUCUACAUUCUCACCCGAAGCGGCCAGACGGACAUUGCCAUUUCUUCACCAUUAGAAGCGCACAAGCCACAGACGCUGGUUUACUGUCUCAUUGGCCUCGACGUAGGAUACGACAACCCCAUGUUUGCUACGCUUGAGGUAGACUAUUCCAACUCGGAAUCCGAUCCAAGUGGAGAAGCCUACGAUGAGCUGAAGAAGGAGCUCGUUUACUAUGAGCUGGAUCUCGGUCUCAACCACAUCGUGCGAAAGUGGUCUGAGCCGGUUGAUCGCACAGCCAAUACGCUUUUUCGGGUGCCAGGAGGUCCCACUGCGCCUAGUGGCGUGCUCUGCUGCGGAGAGGACAAUAUCACAUACCGCCGCAUUUUCAAUAAUAAAUCCAGCGUGCAUCGACUUGCGAUACCGCGCCGUGAGGGGGCGACUGAAGACCCCAACCGGAAGCGAAUCAUCGUCGCCGGUACACUGUACUCGCUCAAAGGUGGCGACUUCUUCUACCUCCUGCAAACGGAUGACGGCGACGUUUUCAAGCUUACUGUUGAGGCCCCAAGUGGCACGGUGGACAAGAUCAAGAUCAAGUACUUCGACACAAUACCGAUUUGCACAAGCAUAUGCAUCCUUCGUGCAGGCUUCGUAUAUGCCGCAUGCGAAUCCGGGGACCGGAUACUGUAUGAGUUGGAAUCUUUGGGUGAUGAGACAGAGGAUCCUCUCUUCGAGAGCGAUCAGUUCCCUGUUGACCCCGCGGCCACUUUCGCCCCUCCAUUCUUUCGUCCAAGACCCUUGACCAAUCUCACCGCGGUAGAGACCAUGCCUAGUCUGAACCCAAUCAUGGGCAUGGAAGUUGCCAACCCUGCGCUGGAGGAUGCGCCGCAGGUUUACACGAUCAACGGUACUGGCGGCCGAAGCUCUUUCCGCACCACAAGAAACGCCUUAGAAGUUUUGGAUCUCAUCGAGUCACCGUUGCCGCAGAAUGCUUCCGAUGUGUGGACGACGAAGCUGACCAUUGAAGACGAGACUGACACGCUCAUUGUCCUCUGUCUGCACAGCAGAACCCUUGUUCUGAAAAUUGGAGAUGAUGUCGAGGAAGCGUCAAACACGGGUUUCUUGCCAGACACCAACACACUCGGAGUCCAGCAGUUCGGUGAAGACUGCAUCAUUCAAAUACACCCCAAGGGCAUCCGUCAUAUCCAGGGCAUCCAGUUCCCGAAUGAUGACGCGAGCGCAACACACGCUAGUCUUACAGAUUGGCAGCCUCCCGCACAUCGAACGAUUGUGGCUUGCGCUACCAACAACCGACAAGUUGCCAUCGCGCUGAGUUCAGGCCAGAUCCUGUACUUUGAAUGUGAUUCAGAUGGCUCACUUGCUAUGGCUGAAGAGGAGAUCGCUUUGGAUAGCACGAUCAACUGCCUCGCGAUGCCUGAUGUGCCUGAUGGCAGUGUGCGGGCUUUCUUUUUGGCUGUUGGCUGCAGCGACCAGACCGUCAGGAUAUUCAACUUGAGUCCCGACAUGGAGGGCAACAUUCUGAGGAGCAUUUCCGUCCAAGCCCUCACGUCACCACCUAGCGAUCUCAUCAUCAAUGUCAUGACGGACAAGUCACCGCGCGGGUACAGCCAAUUCCUCCAUAUUGGUUUGCGAAGUGGAGUGUACAUCCGAUCAGUGCUGGACGAGAUGACUGGCGAUAUCGGAGACACCCGGAGACGUUUCCUUGGUCCGGAGCCCAUUAAAUUCGCAAAGGUGACUGUUGCCGGUGAACCUGCCAUUCUCGCCAUGACAUCCAGGCCAUGGCUUGGCUACACGCAUCCACGCACCGGUGUGCUACAGCUGACACCGCUGAACUACAUCGCUUUCAAAUCCGCAUGGAACUUCGAAGGCUCACAGUUCAAGGGAAUUAUCUGUGUGAGCGCUAAUGAGUUACGAAUCUUCACAUUCAACGACCUCACGGACAACACGACUUACGAAAACAUACCGUUGAAGUACACCCCAAGAAAGAUGGUAGGGUACCAUGAUCAGGGUGUCUUCUACGUCAUUGAGAGCGAAAACAACACGCUCAACGCCGACACGAGAGAAAAACUGAUCGCGGAAUCGAGCACCAAAGACUCAAACGGUACCGGCAGCUCUAUGGAGGUUGCGCAAACAAAUGGCGAAUCGGCGAACGGCACACACGAAAGCGAAGAACUGCCCCCGGUCGAAUUUGGCUACCCCCGGGCGAAGGGCAGCUGGGCGUCAUGCAUCCAGGUGGUUGACCCGGUGAGCGAGAAGGCUGUCACGCACACUGUGGAGCUCAAAACGAAUCACUCCCUUGUCAGCGCUGCCCUUGUCUUCUUCGAAAGCCGGGGCGAAGAAGCCUUCCUCGCUGUGGGCACUGCUAAAGACUUGAGCUUCAAUCCAUACAAGUUCUCCGCCGCAUCGAUACAAGUGUAUAAGAUCUCUCCAAACGGGCGUGAGCUUGAGUUCUUCCACGAGACCGAAGUCAGCGAGCCUCCUCUAGCGCUACUCGGUUUCAAGGGCAAGCUUAUUGCUGGCGUUGGUCGACACCUCUGCCUUUAUGACUGCGGUAUGCGCUCCGUUCUUCGCAAAGCGCAAGCCCCGAAUUGCGUCACGACACGGAUUACGGACAUUAAAACCCAGGGAAGCCGUCUUGUUGUCUCUGAUCAGGCGCAGUCUGUCACAUACGUAGUGCACAAGGACCAGGUUCAUCCCAACCGUCUGAUUCCUUUUGUCGAUGAUACUAUUGCUCGACACACGUCUGCCUCGGAAAUGCUGGACUACGACACAACAGUCGGUGGCGACAAGUUUGGCAACAUAUGGCUAGUCCGGUGUCCGCAGAAAGUCUCUGAGUCGUCCGAUGAAUCACCCGACGGCUCUGAUCUGCUUGUCGACAAGAGCUAUCUUGGCGGUACCGCCAACCGCCUCGACCUCGUCGCACACUACUUUGCAAACGACAUCCCAAUCUCCAUACAGAAGACCGUCCUACUGUCCGGUGGUGAGCGUGUGAUAUUCUGGGCUGGUCUUCAAGGCACACUGGGCGCGCUCAUCCCCUUCAACUCACGCCGCCAGCACAAGAUGUUCCAACAGCUGGAGCUUCAAUUACGAACGGAUGACAAACCUCUUUCGGGACGAGAUCAUUUGGCGUACCGCAGUUAUUACGCACCGGUCAAGAGCGUGAUCGACGGUGAUCUUAUUGAGCGAUUUCUUGUCCUGUCGAGAGAUAAGAGAGAGGGCAUCGUGGCGCAGUUGACGGGUGCGGAGUGGACACCUAGCAUGAUUGAUGAGGCGAUUUGGAAUAUGAGGGGUCUUUACGCCUUCUAG